ACCGGUACAUGACCAAGUUAUUUGGUUUAGUUCUCUUAAAAACAAAUGUUUUUAUUGUUAUUACUCUGUUUUUUUUUUAGCUAGGUUGUGAUAAGAACCCCUGUGUCCUACAGUGAUGAGUUGUGACGCAGGGUAUGUCGUCUUUAUAAAGUCCCUCCGUGGCGUCGGUUCAGCACCAUUAAGCCAGAGCGCUUUCCAGGAGCAAAAUCACCAUCAUCAGGAAUCCUUUUCACUUGUUCACAUAUGAAUAUGCUUUGGCGUUUUCUUCUGCUCUGGAUCUUACUGAGUCGCGCAGACUCCUUUAGCGUCACAGUACCCUCCAGUCCUAUACUUGUGGUCCGUGGAGCCACGGCACUUCUUCCAUGUGAAUUUGAACCAGACUAUAACAUCUCUAAUUUGGUGAUCACAUGGCAACGGCAGGAAGACUCACGGGUGGUCCACAGCUUCUACUACGAGAGAGACCAGCUCGAUCGACAAAACUCAGAUUAUUUAAACCGGACGAAGUUAAAUCACGAGGAAUUUGCUGGAGGAAACGCAUCCCUGAGUAUAGCCAAUAUUGGACUGAAGGAUGCAGGGAACUACAUGUGCAUAGUGAGCAAUGGCAAGGGAACUGGCAGAGGAGUAGUGCAGCUGGUCUAUGCGGCUUUCUAUUCUGAACCGAGGUUAAGCAUCCUUCUCAAAUCCACUGAUGUGACUGUCCAAUAUGAGACAGAGGGCUACCCGAGGCCAGAGGUCAUGUGGCUGGGGUCAGAAGGUCAGAAUCUCACUGACGACCUGGAGGUUUCGUCUGCAUCAGACGGAGGAUUGUACUACUUAAAAAGCAGCUACGUAACCCAGAGCCCAGUGUUCAAUGUCACAUUUAGUCUGAAAAACCCUGCUUCGCAUCAGGAGCUACAAAGGCAUGUUAACCUCAGCUAUGAUGGGAACACGAGCUCCAGUAAACCAGUCGUGGUUCUGUCUGUGUUGUGUUUUUUCCUCCUGUGCUCGACGGGUCUGCUGCUAGGGUUAUACUGUCAUGACAGAAGCAAAUGACCAUACUGGACUCAUGCAGAUGAAGAUUGACAUGAAUUGCUGGAAAUGACAUGCCUGUGCUGAGCACCAACUACUACUGCUAUUCCAAUAGUGCCUCCAACAUUAUUUUUGGGCUUGUAUUUUUAUAUUUAAAUUAAUACUGCUGCUCUACUAGACUUUAUGUAAUCCAGAUUUUGGAGAGAAGCACAAGAAAUCAUU